CAUCUCCCAACACUGUCACUCUCUCAUCCCUCUCCCAUCUGUCCCCCCCUCUGCAACUCUCCUUCUCCCUCUCGGUAAAACCGAGAACCACCACCCAGACUCACCCAAAAAUAACAUCCUUGGAGCUUUUGUACUGUUUCCAGUUUUUUUACUGAUUUCCGAGAAACGCAGUCUGCGAUGCCUAUUCCAUCCUGAUCUGAAGAAGAUUUCUCAAGCAACUGUAAUUUCAUGGUAACCGUCUCAGUUUUUUGGUUUGAACGCUAGAACCAGUGAUCUUAGAAAAGGGACCUGGUAAGCCAACAGUUUUCAACUGCAUAAGUCAUUUUUCCAACUUUCAAUAAAAUGAAAACAGCUUCAUACGAGAAGAAACGAGGAACAAAGUGAAGAAACAAACUCAUUUGAUUAAGGAAGUUAAACUCUACUCAUUGUUUCUUAUUUUAGAUAGGGUUGUAAUUGGAUUUCCACAUAUAUACAAGUAGUAUGGCUUAUCAUGUAUAUUUAAAACUUGCAACAUAUUUUAUAUAGUUUUAAAACCCGUAGCAUCGCGUGGGCACUCUUGCUAGUCGUCUUACGAAAACACAAUCUUGACAGAAUCACAUGUAUCACAUGAAAAGGGAAAAGGUCUAUGCAUGCUUUUAGCUUUAUCAAAACCAAUAGAAUCCUCACCGGAUUCUUUUGUUGAAGAUCCAAAAGAUUUAUAAAUUGUGUCUGUUCAUCGUACAUUGUACAGUUAGUUUUUGUCAAGUACUCUUUCUAGCCGCAUGAUGUACGAUGAACGGACAUAAUUGAUAGAUCCUAGAAUCCUCACAAAAAGGAUCGACGAGGAUCCAGAUUCUCGAAAGGGUUAUAGUACUUUUCCGUGAUAUGGAUAAUGUAAGGAAGACUAAAUUUGCAAAUUAAAUUAUGUGUCACCAAUAGAAAUGAGUACGUUUAUCAACGCUUAAGCAAUAAACUAAUUAUCAACUUCCAUAUCUUUUAGUUUUCAAAAUUUAUUUUACAAAUUGAGUCUCCCUAGCAUUUUUCCCGUGAUAUUAUCUCAUACGGUAAAGCUUGGAAAACUAAGUUUGUAAACAAAAUUUUGUAAACUAAAUGAUAAUGAAAAUUGAUGAUUAGAUUGUUAUUAAGUGUUAAUAAACGUGUUCAUUCCUAUUUAUGGCACAUCAUUUAGUUUGCAAAUUUUAUUUACAAAUUUUAUCUUCCUAGCAUUACCCUAUUUCAUAUCCAAAGGUCUGAAAACUAAGUGUUUUUCCUCGAUCAAUCUGGGUACUUUUUGCAUCUUCCUAAGCUGAUCCUGAGAUUGUAUUAAAUGUGGAUCGCAUUGGCGUUGCGGAUAACAAAGGCAACCCCAUCAAUGGUGACAAGCUGAUUGCUUUGAUUUCUGCUAUUGUACUGAGGGAACACCCCGGAACCACCAUAGUGACCGAUGCGCGCACAAGUAUGGUGCUUACAUGAUUCAUCACGAAUCGAGGGGGUCACCAUUGCUUAUAACGUCUUGGUUAUCGAAAAGUGAUUGAUAAGGGAGGGCAGCUUAAUAAGGCAUGCAUUGAAACUCAUCUCAUGAUGGAAACAUCUGGACAUGGUGCUCUUUAAGAGAACCGUUUCCUUGAUGAUGGGGCUUACGUGGUGGUAAAGAUGAACAUCGAAAUGGUACGCAUGAAGCUUGCAGGAUGGGACAAAGGGGUUGGAAGCAUCAUAAAUUUCAUGGAACUUGGCAGCAGAAGCCUUGAUUUCAACAUUGGUCUCCUCCUUACCAAAAUCGCUAGACAUUUUCACCAAAAAAGGGUAUUUUCCAAAUAUUAUAGGAGGAAGUGGAGAGUUAUUUAGCCUAUAUAUAGAGUACUUCUUAUUUGAAUAAAACUGAUUGGAACCUUGCACUUAUAUAGACGGAGAAGGGGACUGCAUUAUAACAACAAAUAAAACACAAGUGGACCUAGACUGUCUACCCUCCUCAUCUCAUACCCUUCUCAUCCCCAUCUGUAAUAUGUGGUCAUGGUUAAGCCACGUCAACAUUUUAUAUUGAUUUUUUUUUUAUAGAAAUAAUAAGACAAAAAGUAAUAAAAAUAUAAAAUGUUGACGUGGCUUAACCAUGACCACAGAAAUAUGAGGAGAUGGAAAGGGUAUGAGAUGGGGAGGGUAGACAAUCCAAAUCCUUUCUUACUUGCUACAGACAUGUCCAAUGAAUCCUUUUAUUACCUGCUAUAUUUUAAAUUAAUAACAUAAUUACUUGGAGGCAAUUAUUUCAGCUCACUUAUUAAACAUGUGUUUUAUUUGUUGCUAUAAUGCAGUCACUUUCUCCGUCUAUAUAAGUGCAAGGUUUCAGUCAGUUUUAUUCAAAUAAGAAGUACUCUAUAUAUAGGCUAAAUAACUCUACACUUCCUCCUAUAAUAUUUGGAAAAUACCCUUUUUUGGUGAAAAUGUCUAGCGAUUGUGGUAAGCUGGAGACCGCUGUUGAAAUCAAGGCUUCUGCUGCCAAGUUCCAUGAAAUGUUCACUACCACACCACAUCUCCAAUGCCAGCAAUAGAAUCAUUCAGGGCUGUGACCUACAUGAAGGUGAUUGGGGAACCGUUGGAUCUGUGGUCUACUGGAAUUAGUUCCAUGAGAGGAAGAAGAAGAGGAGGGUUGAGAGGGAGAGGAGCUUAAUGACAGCCAUUGGAGAGGAGCUUGAGCAAUGCUGCUUCCUCAUCGUUUGUUUCUGGUUCAGCAGCUGCAGAUCCUUGCCGACGAUGACGGAUCUGCGGUCACAUUUGAGGGCGAGCUUGGUGACGGCGUCGAAGCGGGAGAAGAGGGAAGGGAUGAUGGGUUUUGGCCGUGCGGUGGGUUUUGGUCGGCGAUCGAAAUGGAGCCUGGCCCGGAUCUGUACGGGUCAAAAUGGAGUAGGAAUGCUUCCAAAAAAUAGUGUGAAUACAAUUAUGAUGGAGAAUUGGAUGGCCCUAGAAAGAGACAGAAGGAGGAAACUCCUUCACAAAUACGUUGAUGCCUGCUCAUCUGCCAAGGUUAAGACGGAGAUUAUGCUUAUUGAGAGUGAUACAGUUGCCAAGGCAAUCCUAGAACUUAUUCCUACUCAAAACAUAAGAAACCUAGUAGUUGGAACCACCAAAUCAAGUCUGAGGAAAUUGAGGUUCAAGAAAGGGAGUGGAAUAGCAAGUCAGAUCCUACAAAAUGCGCCUGAAACAAGCUGCAAUAUUAAGAUCAUAUGCAAGGGAAAGGAAGUGAUUGAUGACACUAUGUUUACUGGCUCGACUUCCUCACGUAGUAGUAACGCGAACUCCUUGUCCACGCAAGAUGAAGACGAUCAUCAAGAACAACGAAUCUCAACAGAUUAUAAUAAACAUGAGUACUCGCGUCCUGAAGCGAAAUCUCCAUCAUCUUUAAAUGGAUACAAGCAAAUGUGGUGGGGGAAACCAAAAUCUUCACAAAUAACAGCUUGAUUUUGUUGUGUGAUGAUUUUGGCAUGAUGAGAUUGGCAUGUAUAUUGUCUGUGAAUGGCAGGCAUUGUAAGUUGCACAUUUAUACAUUACACAUAAGUUUUGUAACCUAAUUCAUCUACUUUUACACCUAGCUAGCUACUUCAUCAUA